CUCCAUCUCUCUGUUUAUCUCUGCAAAUUAGCUUUAUCAGGCACCAAAGCAGAGUAAGCAGAAGAAAAAGAAGUCGAGAUGCCAGUAGACGGUGCAGCAGUUUCCGGCCAAAUCGUCUGUGUUACGGGUGCAGGAGGUUUCAUUGCUUCCUGGCUCGUGAAACUUCUCUUAGAGAAGGGUUAUACUGUUAAGGGAACCGUUAGAAAACCAGAUGACCCGAAGAAUGCUCAUCUGUGGGAACUUGACGGGGCCAAGGAGAGACUGAUUCUCUGCAAAGCUGAUCUUCUCGAUUACGAGAGCCUUCUCUCUGCUAUUCAAGGAUGCGAUGGUGUUUUCCACACAGCCUCGCCUGUCACUGAUGACCCCGAACAAAUGGUGGAGCCGGCCGUGAACGGAGCCAGAAACGUAAUAAAGGCGGCCGCGGAAGCUAAGGUACGGCGCGUGGUUUUCACGUCUUCGGUCGGAGCGGUGUACAUGGACCCCAACAGGAGCCCGGACAAAGUCGUGGACGAGACGUGCUGGAGCGAUCUUGAGUUCUGCAAAAACACCAAGAACUGGUAUUGUUAUGGGAAAACGGUGGCGGAGCAGGUGGCUUGGGAUGAGGCGGAGCAGAGAGGGGUGGACCUGGUGGUGGUGACGCCGGUGCUGGUGUUGGGUCCGCUGCUCCAGUUGACGGUGAACGCCAGCACAAUUCACAUAUUCAAGUACCUAACGGGUUCGGCCAAGACGUACGCCAACUCGGUGCAGGCCUACGUUCACGUGAGGGACGUAGCGCUGGCUCACGUACUGGUCUACGAGACGCCGUCGGCCUCCGGACGGUACCUCUGCGCCGAGAGCAUCCUCCACCGCGGCGAAGUCGUCGAUAUUCUCGCCAAGUUCUUCCCGGAGUAUCCCAUCCCCACCAAGUGCUCGGAUGAAACCAGGCCGAGGGCGAAACCAUACAAGUUCACGAACCAGAAAAUGAGAGACCUUGGGUUGGAGUUCACGCCGGUGAUGCAAUGCCUCUACGACACCGUCAAGAGCCUGCAGGAGAAGGGCCACCUCCCACUUCCACCUCAGCCCGAUGAAAUAUCUCUUCAAAUUCAUCCUUGAGACUUGAGAUAGAGCUCCACUACUCCCCUCACCCUCAUCCAUCGAUCACCUCCUCCAAUCAAAUAAAUCUUUUGUGUUGUAUGACUUACCUUUAAUUUAUAUGUAUUAUGUAGAUGAUCACCAUGUCCCUUAGACUGAGACAUGGUUGACAUAUAUAUAUAUUUUAUAUUUAUAUCUAUAUCUAUGGAGUAUUCUUAUGUAUAUCUUGUAUGAGUUAGAAUCAUGAAGAGAUUGUGUGUUGUAUGUGGACAUGAACCCAGCUAGUGUGCUCUAUUAAGGAAAAGGGAUUGGUCUGGUAUUUGAAAUUA